CAUCUCCAUACACCAAUUGAUUCGAGGAGGUGAAAGAAUUCGAGAGCAUGCAACGUCUUGCGACCACGAUGUUGCGCCCUCUGGCGACCCUGCGCCGCCCUGCCGCAUGCUCUAUGCAAACUGCGCGUUUCUCGAAGCUGAACGUGCCAGUGACAUCGACUCAAGGACGACGGAAUGACUACAUGGUCGUAGAAGCGGACAUUGCUGGCAUGCAGAAAAAGAUUCGUGAGCUUUACUCGAAAGGCGACUUUGUGUCUGGCUUGGAGAUGGCCGAGAUCUGCCGCGAUGCCGUGCGUGAUCACUUUGGCGACGAUCAUCCCGUCUACGCCAGCACACUCAACAACUUGGCGUUGAUGCAAAAGAACUUGAGUCAACUGGACGAGGCCAUCGAGUCCUACGAGGCAGCACUUCGAGUGUACAAGAGCUGCGUGGGGGAGAACCAUGCGUCCUGGGCUACUACAUUGCACAACUUGGGCGGGGUCUAUCGAUUGCAGGCACACAGCUUGUCUGGUAUGAAAAAGGUUGAAGGACUUGACCAUGCCCUUGAAUGCUUUGAAGAAUCCCUCCGUGUUCGCCGCGAGAUUCUUGCCGCCGACCAUCCAGACAUUGCCAUGAGCAUGUGCAAUGUCGGCAUGCUGUACUGGCACACACACAAGAAGGAAAAAGCUGAGGAAAUGCUCGUGGAAGCUGUCGAGCGCCUUGAAGCCAAGGUCGGGGCGACUAGUCCACUCACUGCGCUCGCAUGGAACAAUCUCGGCAUCGUGUACAAGGAGCUUGGGAAAUUCGACGCCGCCAUCGAGUUGUUUGCUAAGGCUACCGCCGUGCGUAAAGCAGCCCUUGGGGAAUUGCACGUCGAAACCAUCACGACAAUGCACAACUGGGCUGAAGCGCUGCGCGCCAGCGGCCGUGACGACGAUGCUGCCGAGAUCCAAAAGACCAUCUUGGACUUGGUGGGAGACGUCGAAGAAGUAGAUGAAACCAAAGGCAACAAAUGAUGGGAGCGGCGUAGUGGACGGCAAUGCUGCAUCCCAAAACACAACGUUUAUUCGUCGACGUGAAAUCGCCUUUAAACGUUGUAGUUGAACACCCAUUAAAGAGAAUAUUUUUUGUCCACGAGGAAUAUUUAGUAUUUCACCUGGA